UCUCUCUCUCUCUCUGUUUUAACAUGGUGGAGCUGUUGUUGUAUUACCACUGGCUUAUUAAGCUGCUUGCCAUCUCUUUCUUGGCAUUAGUUUUGUUGUUAAAGAUUGCAGUGUUACUUUGGUGGAGACCCCGAAGAAUUGAACACCAUUUUGCCAAGCAAGGAAUCAGAGGACCCCCUUAUCGUUUCUUCAUUGGCAACGUGAAGGAGAUCGUGGAAAUGAUGUUAAAGGCCUCUUCUCAACCCAUGCCUUUCUCUCACAACAUUCUUCCUAGAGUUCUCUCUUUUUACCAUCACUGGAAGAAAAUCUACGGUGCAACGUUUCUAGUGUGGUUCGGACCGACGGUUCGACUCACCGUGUCCGACCCAGACCUCAUUCGAGAAAUCUUUACUUCCAAGUCUGAAUUUUAUGAGAAGAUUGAGGCUCACCCUCUUGUUAAACAGCUCGAAGGUGAUGGACUUCUUAGCCUCAAAGGAGAAAAAUGGGCUCACCAUAGGAAAAUCAUAGCACCCACAUUCCACAUGGAGAAUCUCAAAUUGCUAGUUCCGGUGGUGGCAAAGAGCGUAACGGAUAUGCUGGAGCAAUGGUCGACAGUGUCAAAUUCCGACGAGGUGGAAAUUGAAGUGUCUGAAUGGUUCCAAACCCUAACAGAAGAAGUCAUUACGAGAACAGCAUUUGGUAGUAGCUACGAAGAUGGAAAGGCCAUUUUUCGAUUACAAGCACAGCAAAUGGUCCUUGCUGCCGUGGCAUUCCAAAGAGUUCUGAUCCCUGGCUACAGGUUCUUUCCAACAAAAAGAAACGUGAAUUCGUGGAAACUGGACAAAGAAAUCAGGAGAUCGUUGAUGAAGCUCAUAGAAAGGAGAAGAGAGGGCUCGAGCAUUAUCAACGAAACACAUCGUCAUGGUCCUAAGGAUUUGUUAGGACUAAUGAUUCAAGCCUCAAAUUCAUCUAAAGAUGUAACCGUACAUGACAUUGUUGAAGAGUGCAAGAGCUUUUUCUUUGCGGGCAAACAGACCACAUCCAACUUGCUGACGUGGACAACAGUCCUACUCGCAAUGCACCCGCACUGGCAGGUUCAAGCACGUGAGGAGGUCUUGAGGGUUUGUGGAUCACGUGACAUACCCUCAAAAGAUGAUGUUGCCAAGCUUAAGACGCUGACCAUGAUUCUAAAUGAAUCCUUACGGUUGUACCCACCGACGAUCGCAACAAUCAGACGGUCGAAAGCUGAUGUAGAGCUGGGGGGCUACAAAAUCCCCCGUGGGACCGAGCUCCUGAUACCGAUAUUGGCCCUUCAUCAUGAUCAAUCCAUAUGGGGCCACGAUGCAAAUGAAUUCAAUCCUCGUCGCUUCUCGAAUGGCGUGGCCCGAGCAGCAAAGCACCAUGUGGCGUUCAUUCCAUUCGGGCUAGGAGUCCGAACCUGCAUUGGCCAAAAUCUAGCCAUCUUGCAAGCCAAAUUAACACUCGCCAUAAUACUGCAACGAUUCUCUUUCAGAUUGGCCACUAGCUACCAACAUGCGCCAACGGUCCUGAUGCUACUUUACCCCCAACAUGGUGCGCCCAUCAUCUUUCAGCGCCUGCCCAAUCCAUGAUGAUCAAUCAUCAAAUACUCCAAUGAAAUCAAGGCUCAUCAUAAUAAACUUAUUCCUAUCCUUUCGUGAGAGCGUGCAAUUAAGAACUUCAGCGAGUUUCCCAGCAAAAUAUAUAAUAUUGUUGCCAUUAAAAUAUCCA